GCGCCAGAAAAACUAGGGAACGAUUUUAGCGAGCCCGGUGUACCUUUGUUGAAUUCAUGACGGAAAAACGACAAAGUGAGACCCCAGUCGGAUUGACUGCAUCGGUGGAAGAUGCGAAGAUGCACGACUUGAAGAGAAAGAACCCCCAUGACGAAUCCCUGGGGAGCGUUGAUCGAGCGAGUGGAUCACAGGGCUUGAGCAGCACGUCAAGCCUUGCAAAGCGUAUGAAGAAACUGCGCUGCGGAGUUUGUAAACAGAAAACAGGUUUAGCUUCGUCCUACACUUGCAGAUGUGGGACCAAUUUUUGCGCAGGACACCGCUACCCGGAGCUCCACCAGUGUUCGUUUGACUAUCGAGAAGCCGGGAAGGACGUCUUACGAAAGAUGCACCCUCUCAUACGACCCCAGAAGAUUGAAAAAAUUUGAGCCGAUCCGCGGUGAUGGAGCAAGUUCUCGAGUCGAUCGAACCUGUGCCGUCGCUUGCAGGCCAGUAUGUGCUUAUGCUAAACAGGCGUAUUGAUCGAUUAGUAGAGGCUGCACUUAGAUUGAGAUGAUAUUAUAUACGAUAAUGGGAUGCAGUAUCGGGGAAAAGCCAUCAGAAUCCACCGGUGCUAGCGCCGCAGUUGUUCGAGACGCGGGCAUCAAAGAGAACGAUACACGUACAAUAAAUAUGAAAAGUGACAUUUUAGAGGGAACGGGGUAAAAUGUUUUGAUGCGUUGAUCUCAUCGUAAUGGCUGCCAUGUCCUCGGAUGUUAUUUCUAUGAUUUCCCGAAGUAUCCUCCAUGAAAGCUGAAU